CCUGAAGACACCACUCCCCUGGACGCCUCCUCCCUGGUUUGCUGUCACUUACUCUCACGCACUAUAGGCAUCACACUUCCAACGCUGGCUUCUUCCAGGCGCUGAGUGCAUUGUUUAUGUGUGUUUGAGGUCUGGUGCUCUCAGUUGGAUCAUGUCAUGCGGGCUCUAGCAGCAUGUGGACGGCAGCGCUUGUUGUGUUUCUGUCCUUGGCUCUCUGUCAGCCUCUCCGGGCUCAGGAGGACGCCAUCACUCCUCAGGACUGCAGCCUGGACUGCAUUAAAGAGGGAGGACCUGGAUGUGAAUACUGCAGAAUAACCAGAGCUGAUAUCAAGACAGCUCUGGGCUUUAACUCUAUUAAAGAGUUUGGAAGCUGUAUUCCCUGGCCAUGUUUUGAGUUGCUAGGAGAAAAAGACCCAAAAAUCUGUCAGCACUAUGUCCACAGUCCAAAUAAUGUGGAGGUUGAGUUUGCAAAUGAACCAAACCCAGAAUCUGACACCAUAGUUGUCUCCUGGAAGCCCAGCUACUAUGGGAUCGCCUUCCUGCGAGGCUUUCAGGUGUCACUCCAGGCUCUGGGAGGGUCAAGUGUUGCCUGUCAGCUCUUCCUCUUCCACCGUAACCUCUCCCUUCCUGCAUCACAAUCCAAUAGGGUGUACAAGUCGGACCCUUUCCCCGGCCUCCCCCUGGGGUCCCAGUAUGCUGUUACUGUCAUGGCCCUGCCAGUGCCUGUAGAGUGGGAGAGGUUCUACCGCAGCAGGAUCUUCUCCUCACGCUCAUGUGCAGAGAAGAACGGUCUUGACAAGUGCAAAAAUGACUGGUACCCCAAACACAUUGAGGUGCAACAGGAGGGGACGGCCAUCACCGUGACCUUUAACCUGGCUCCUCCACAGCUGGGCAUCAGGAGCUACUUCUCCUUGUGUUACGCCAACGGCAUAAAGAAAUACACAGACAUGUCACCUAAUUUCAGCAAAAACAAGACUCACCACAGCUUUCAGAUGAACGACCUUCAAGAAGGAACCAAUUACACUUGUGAGAUUGCAGCUAACGAAAUGGACGCAGUGAGGAAAACGUUCAAUGUUCAGGUUUCUAGCUUUCCUGAAGCAGUUGCGACACUAGACUCUGUGAGUCCCUCAAUGGCUCUGAUGCUUCCUCUGGGUCUGUCUGUGGCAGCCAUAUUUGUAGUCCUACUGGCUGCUCUUACCUGGAAGACCAGGCUGCAGAUGAAGAAAGUCUUCGUUAAACAAGAUAUUAUACAGCAGCAAGAAGAGAGCGGCACCCAAGAGGAAUUGAUGCCUCUGCCCAGAAACAGGCCGACCCCUCCUCGUCUUCUGAUUUGCUACAGCAGCUGUGAUGGCCCUGCCCAUGUUAAAGCCAUCAUGCAGUUAGGGGCCUUCAUACAGCAACACAUGGCCACUCAGGUAUGCCUGGACCUGUGGGAUUCUCUGAGCGUGGCUGAGGAAGGCGGCAUGGCCUGGCACUGCCGGCAGAUCCGGGAGAGUGACUUCAUUUUGGUGAUAUGUUCCCGGGGCCUGAACCGCAGGAGUAAGCCUUCAGAGGGUAGUGUAUAUGAAAGGGCAGACGAAAGACUCCACUAUGGCUCUAACGUCUUCUGCUCUGAAGCUGCAGUCCAAGUUAUUGGAGAGGAGGUGGGCCGCGCCAAAGCCAGGGGCCAGGACUUGUCCAAAUACAUGGCGGCCAUUUUUGAUUAUUCCGAUGAAACUGACAUCCCCAACGAGCUGAGGCUUGUUUCUAACUACAUGCUGACACGCGAUUUACAGCUGCUUUUCUCCCACCUCCAUGGAGUGUCUCUGCACGGGCCGGGGCAUUACCUGAAGAUAAAUCAUAUAUCUGAGGACGGGUUUACUAAGUUACCAUCCGGAGCUGCUCUGCAGUGGGCUAUUUAUGAAGCUCAGAUGGAAAUAACGGCAAAAAGGCAUCACUGUGUUGGAAGUAAAGGGGACUCGGAAGAUAAAAAGUAAUCCAUGACAACUUCCAGGCAAAGUGGCCCCACUAAGGAGAAGGAGCCAUUCCAAUGCUGCUACUUACCCACUUCCAAUCGGUUUGUUUUUGGAGGUCCACCAAAUAAUGUGCCUUUCCAAAUCCACUAUUGUGCAGUGGAAGUCAUAGAGCAGUUCAGUGUAAACAUAUGUUUGUAGGCCAACCCUGAAGCUGGCAUUGCAAGGGCUCCCUCAGCAAAAAGCAAUGGGAUUUUUCCAUUGGAUUUAAGAAUAUUACGGAAAAGAAGAUCUGUGGCCCACACAAGGAUACUUAGACGUUUUGUUCAGUGGGAUAAUAUCCACAUAUUAACACCAUUCUUGUGAUUUCGAAAGUGUUAAUGCAAUUGCCAGAAGGGAAAAGCUAACAUAACGCUAUAAACAAACUACACACGUCAACUCCACUAAGUUAAAGGCGGCUAAUGUUAAGCUUUGUGACGUUUAGGAGUCUAAUGUUGUCACUUGUUAUAAACUGCUAUUGUUAUGACUCAAAUAAGCUUGAAACAUGCCACGGGUAUUUAAUGACGUAUUUUAUGUCUUAGAAAAAACUGUUUUGUUGUGAAACCUGGCGCUGUAUUUACAUCCUACACCUCAAUCAGAAAGUGAGACUAGGGAGGGAGUUGGUGCCAUCACGGAAUGGAAAGAUGUAGGGGUUGGUUUGGAAUUGGGCCGUUGUGAAGGUGACUAUUACAUCCACAUUCCCAGCUAUUAUGUGUCCUUAGGAAAGGAACCAACAAAACAUCUCUGUGUCAGUUGUUCUGCAGUGACAGCACCCGUGCACUUGAAAUAUGACCUCUGAAAUAUGUUGGGAAAGAUUUAAAAAAUGUCCAGUAAUGUGCAUAAUGGUCAUUUAAGCUCUCUUAUCCCCACCAAUGUAUCUGGCAGACAUUUUUGUUUUUUGUAAUUUCAUUUUAAAAUAAAACAAUAAGUGUGUCUUUAAUAUUAACUUUGCACAUGUGAGGUUUUGAAGUUAUUCUUUGUUAAUGUUUUCCUUGAAGUACACAUUGUAUACAUGCAUGUUUUGCAGUAUUACACAUUUAUUGAUACAUGUGCAUAUCAUAUACAGUACAUGGGAAUGGAUGAAUAGGUCAAAUCAUUUUAGUAUUAGGGGAAUGUGAGGUGACACGCUGAUAAAUGUAAGUUGACUUGAUUUAUUUGUGAAAUAUUGAUUUUAUAUAAUGCAUCAAAUCAUUUAAUAAAAUACGUAUAAAAAGCGA